AUGGUAUCGACCGACGCGUCCUCGUCGCGCGGCGCGCACGGUGCCUUCCCCACAGCCCUCUCCUACGGCGCGCACGCCGAAGCGGCGCAGGGCUCGUCAGGCAGCAACAACGCGCAGCUGCCGCAGACGCCCGAGCAGCUGUGGUCACUCAUCACCUCGGUCCCCGCCGCAAGCGUCUACUCUGCCCUCCUCCCGGUCUGCCACGGCCUGACUGACGGUCCCAUUGUUCCUCCCGCUGGCAAGAACCCGCGCUUCAACCCUAUCCUUGCGCUGCCCGGCGUCGACCUGCCUAUCGAUAACGCGGCCGUGCGGUCGAUGACGCUCGGUCUGACCUUUGUGGUUACGGCCCGUCUCAAUCUUCCUGGCGUUGGCAAGAACCCCGAGGCUCUGCUCGACUAUGCCUGCCGUCUGGCUACGGUCGGCGAUCCCGUCCAGUUUGACAUGGUUGCGGGUCGUGUUGGCGAGUUUGCGUGGAGCCUCCUCCGCUUCGCCCAGAAGUACAACCAGACUGGCCUUGUUGUCGAGCCCCUCAACGCGCUGUUCACCAACACCUAUCGUCUCCCUUACUUCAACGCCGUACACGCCGUCCUCCUUGAGGCAUGCCUCCUUACCAACAGCCUCCAGUACGGAUACCACUCGCUCGAGGUCACUUACAUUGACGCCCGUGAAGAUACCACCUACCUCGACGUUCUCACCUUCCACCACCAUGCUGGAACCAUUGCCGCGGCCAUUGGCGACUAUGAGCGUGCCACCGAGUUCUUCUCGUUUGCCACCGCCAUGCCCACGGUCGCGCCCUCGGCGAUCCAGCUCGCGUGCGCCAAGCGUGCUGUCCUCUGCGAGGUCCUCUUCUCGGGCAAGGAGCACAGGUUACCCCGCGACGUCGCGGGCAGCGUCUCCCGUCUCCUCUCCAAGGCCAUGCCCGACUAUGCCAAACUGGCCAAGGCGUUUGAGGCGCACAGCUGGGACGCGGUCAGGGAGGCUGCUACCUCUGGCGAGACUGUGUUUGUUGCCGACUGCAACUGGGGUCUGGUCGUCCAGAUUGUCAACUCUAUCACCAAGCGCCGUAUCCUCACCCUCCGUAAAACCUACUCGCGCCUGACCCUUGCCGACCUUGCGGGCAAGGUCGGCUCAAACGACGUCGCAGCGGUGAAGAGCACAGUCGAGGACAUGAUUAAGGCGAACGAGAUCCACGCGACCCUCUCGUCCGCACCCGAGAUUGUCACCUUCCUCGAUGACGACGACUAUGCGUCGCCUGCCCGCAUGGCCACCCUUAAGCGCGCCCAGCAAAAGGCCAAUUGGCUCCAGUACGACCUGACACGUGCCAACUUGAACAUGGGACUGAACAAGAUGUGGCUGCAGAAGCAAGCGCGCCUUAUCGAGAGCAAGGAGAAGGGCGCCGAGGAGAAGCGUGGCAUGUUCAAUUUCAGCGAGGACAUUGGCAUGCCUGUGCGCGGCGUCGGCAGCAACCUCAACGACAUGGGUUUCUAG